CACGAGUGCAGUGCUGUCUCUCUUGUUAGCAGAAAAGUAAAAGUAGAAGAAUCAUGUUUUUAAUCCUCAUACUAGUAUUUAUACCGUCAGUCCUGCUAUUAAUAUGGUACAGACACUAUUAUAUUCCUUAUAAGGUAUUCAGUAGGUUAGGUAUAGCCCAUCCUCCAGUGGAGCCUUUCACUGGUAACGUUAAUGGAAUACUGAGACAGGGUACACUGGAGUCAAUGGAAAAAGGUGUUAGGGAAAAUGGGAACGUGUAUGGUUUCUACAUUGGGAUCAGCCGUUGGCUCGUUAUAUCCAAUCUGGAAAUUUUAAAAGAAAUUUUUAUAAAACGCUUCGACCAAUUCCCCCAAAGAGCUGUGGAGCCAUUUUUAAUUGUGUUCUUUCGAGGCGAGAUACCACCUGGUCUGAUAUUCAUGGAGGAUAAGCAAUGGAGGGUUAUAAAACCGAUUGUGAGCCCGUCCUUCUCAAGCAGGAAGCUUAAAAUGAUGACUCCUUUAAUUGAAAGAAGUUGUACUUCCUUGAACGAGAGAAUGUCACAGAUUAGUGAAACGAACAAAAGUUAUGAUGUUUAUGAUGUGUUUGGUCAGUUUACAAUGGAGACAGUGUUAGGAGCUGCUUUUGGUUCUCAAGUUAAUGUAUUAAAAGGAGAGGGAGACUCACUCACUGAAGCAGCUGCUAGGGUACUAGCUGAAGUGGAUAUUAGCGUAAUACUCUGGAACAAUAUAAUAUCAUCUCAUUUUUCAGGAUUGCUUGAGUUAUUUCUUUCCUUAUUUGGUGACUUCCUCUCAAUUCCUGCAAAGAAACAUUUCUCAGAACUGAUACUAAUCGGAUAUGAACUUAUCAAGCAAAGAAGAGCAUCUGAAGAUCCUUCACAAAAUAAAGAUUUCCUCCAGUUAUUAAUGGAUGCCAGAUCCACUCCUGAAGGAGGAGGAGCUCCCAGUAAUAAUGUUAAAGACUCUCUGAGUGAUAAAGAGAUUGUUGGACUCUGUAUUGACUUUAUGUUAGCCGGCUAUGAGACCACUAAGAACACUAUGAGUUACAUCUCAUACUUACUAGCUAACAAUGAUGAGAAACAAGAGAUACUCUGUACUGCCAUUGAUGAAUAUUAUCAGGAGAAUGAGUAUGCUUCACUGUAUGAUGCUAGUCAUGAUAUCCAGUAUCUUGAUUGGGUAGUUAGUGAAGGGCUCAGGAUGUAUCCUCCUGUGACGAGGAUAUCCCGAUACUGCAGUGAGACCUCAGUCAUUAAUGGGGUCACCAUUCCAAAGGAAACCUGUGUACAAGUACCAGUUAAAUAUCUUCACUAUUCACCCGAACACUGGGACCAACCUGAUGAAUUUAUGCCAGAUAGGUUUAGUCCGGAGGGUAAAGAAGGGCGGCAUCCAUUGUGUUAUGUUCCUUUUGGGUAUGGCCAGAGGAGCUGUAUUGGAAUGAGGUUUGCUCUCAUGGAAAUUAAAAUGGCACUCACUGCAGUACUGAGGGACUUUAAAUUUGAAAUAUCCAACGACACACAAAUUCCACUAAAAUUGAAGCAGGGUAUUACGCAAUACCCAGUAGAUGGUGUUCAUCUUAAAGUCGUUAAGAGGAAGUAAUUAAUGAUAGCCACGCCUCCUAAUUUAAUAUUCAUUGAUUGAUAUUUAUUGUAGAGACAAUUUUUCUUCAAUUAAUUAUUAUUGUUUAUUGUCAGUGUUGUAUUAUAUUUUAAUUUCUAAUCAAUAAUACUAAUAAUGAUAAUAAUAAUAACUAAAUGUCUCCUAUUAUGUUUGUUAUUUUUUUCCGUAUUUGAUUACAUCGUCAUACCA